AUGAAGAAUGACAACGAAAUGUUUAUCGCAGGAACGAAUUCACGUCAACCGCGACCCCUCUUGAGUUUCGCGACUAUUUGCGCGACUCUAUAUUUGUUCGAUUUUUUCAUCAUUUUUCAAUUUUAUUUUACUAAAAGAGCAGACGAAAAACCUCCAAGGCGGCCACGAAGAAGACCAUCCACAGCCUCCACCAAAAUGUCCCUGCGUGCCCCCAGCCCCACAACCGGAACAACUGCAGGCGGCGCACCAGCCGCCACCACAACCCGCCCUUCCUACACGACCACGCCCUCCGGUCUCGUCGUGCCCCACUCCGACGUGAAUAACUCCGUGGAAACGGCUUUUUCCUUUAUUCAAAAUUCCCUAACCCAUGAAGAGCGUAGAUUUCUCCCCAUUGAGGCCAAGAUCUGGAACAGCAUUGACCGGAGGAUUUUUGAAAAGAAAAUCAUGUCGCCGCCCACACAGUCGAGCAGCUCCACCAAGCCAAUGCAGUUGGAGCCGGAGCAGAUUCGAGAGGAGCUGGAGAAGAAGCACGAGUACCCACCGCUGGAGAAAUCCUACCCGGUGACGGUCGUGAGAAACACGUUUUCAAGGGUGGAAUACGAAAAUGGGGAUGUGUAUGAGGGGGAGUUUGUGGACGGAUUCAGGCAGGGGAACGGAACGUAUGAUAUAAGGAUUAGGAUGUUUUUUGUCACUGCGAUUUUUUGUGAUGCGGAAAAGCGAAUGCUGAUAUGAAUUACCAUGCAUAACUCCUAUCAGGUACUACUUUUCCCGCAUUCCGGGCACAAGAUACGAAGGCCAGUUCAUUCGUGACGAGUUUCAUGGCUACGGCGUUUACUUCUACGAAAGAAACAAGUACGAAGGCGAGUGGGUAUCGAGCUACAAGCACAGAAAGGGAAAGUUCACGGAUAACGAGAAGAGGACAACGUACUAACUUAUGUCUGCUCACAAAUCUUUAUCAACUUGAUGCUGAUCAUCUAGUACUUUGCAACUCCCUUUUACUCGUGGUGUCUGUGAUCAUGCAGUGAACUACCAACCGACCACUUCUAGCUACGCGUGUAUACACAUGUUGAACAUCAUGAAUUCACAGGUACGAAGGCGACUGGCGCGAGGGUUUCCGACACGGGACUGGCACUCUAAAGACCCUCGAUUUCGAGUACACGGGAGGUUUCCACCGAGACAACAUGCACUAUCGAAUGUAAACAUGUCUGGGUCUGGAAACCUGUGAUGCUGGCUGGCGUCUCAUGAUGAGGCCACAAAUGCUGGCUCAGCAUCACAAGUUUCUGAGCUUCUAGGUGUUGCCUAUUCUGCAUGACAAACUGCGUUUCUGCAUCGCAGAAAAAUGGAGCUCGUGGCGAACGCGCAUGACAGAUUUAAGAGUCAUGCCAGACAAGCAUGACAAACAUGCAUUCUUCCAGACCCAGACAUUUUUACAUUUGAUAUGCACGGCGUCGGGACGAUUGAUUACCUGAAGGACGGCGUGACGUACUCCGGUGAUUUCGUAGAAAACUUGCGACUAUGCAUCGCAAAAGUACUAUCGUACUCGACGUUCUAAUCGCAUUCAUGCAUUACAGAUUUCUUUCUCAAGUUAAAUCCGCAUUACAGAUUUCAUUUCUCACCACGCUGAGGAAAUUUGUCAUGAAUCGAUUUACACUACUAGUACGAUGCUACUUUUGCAGUGCAUAGCGACACGGGAAAGGAGAGCUGUCGAGUAAGAUGUUCCGGGCAAAUCUACCACACUCGGAGAAAUACACCGGCGAGUGGGCAGGUAUAGAAAAAGAUAAGUACUAUCACAGCCUUCAUCUUUUUGUUUUUCUUGUCAUGCGCAAUUGAGAUGAUGCCAUAGCCAUUGCAGAAGCAAAGAUGAAUUCGCAUGCAAGGAUCGCAACACACAUCAAUCAAACUCUAUCAGAUGAUCUGAAGCACGGCAAGGGGGUGCAGGAAAUUGCCAGCGUCGGGACGUACACAGGCGAUUUUUGUAAUGGGAAGCGACAUGGCCAGGGAGAAAUUAUGUACGUCGAAAGCCAGCCGUUCAAGUUCUUCAAAGGUAUAGAGGAAGAUGGCGUACUUUUUUUGUUCUCAUGCACAACUUCGAAUGCGAUUUCAUUUUGUGCUUGUCACAUGCGUGUCGGUGUUCCCUUGAUGCUUGUUCAUUAUUUGUUUCGUUUUCAAACAAUUCAUCGUCAUUCCAAACUUCGCAUGACAGGUUCUUGGGCCGAUGACAUGAAGGUCGCUGGGCAGUUACAACCGGUCAAGGGUCCGCUGGAGAAUGUUUUGUACGAGAAAAACAUCCAAAUCCGGAGGGAAGUGGCGGAGGAGGUCGCAUAAGGGGAAUUUGACAAAAAAGCUGCAGUUCUUUCGACUCAGACCACGAAUUAAGACGCGUUCGUCAGUCGUAGACAUUAAUCUUCAUUGAAACCAAAAUCAAUCAGAAAUAUACACGUAUGAAAACAAAAGGUAUCAACACACUAUCCAUCUGUUUUUGUGUUACUAGCUUUUUGACACAAAAUAAGUUGCUGCGCACGGGUGGCGCGGCGAAGGCAGUAAAUCAAAACAUCUUUGCAAAGCUAUCACUAUGUAACAACCAGAAAGUGGUUAAUGCGAAAGGAAAAUGGGAAAACCAUGUACCAAAUUUAGGUUUCUUAACUUUUUUUGUAAGAAUGUACUGUACAUUACGUUUCGAUCCUGUGGGACCCGCAUUUGUAAGUAGCAACUUGACGUUGCUGGUGACGCAAGCACGACAUGGCGCAUCAAACAUGGAGGUUGAUCAUUCCCAUCGAGAACCAGAAUGAUGCCGGCAAUCCCAAGAACAUCACCUAGUAGUACCUAGACGAUGAAAACUUGUACUUGUAAGAUUCCGCCUGUUCCUAUUGAACAGACUUGUGCAUAAAUUCGAUGUGUGAACUUUGGGACUUUUGUCUAUGGAGGUGC